CUUUUCGGAUAUAGGUACCUAUGGUUUAGUUUUUAGUAGGUAUUUUUCCCGAACGCUCGCGUACCUACCUAUAAUGAAAUGAGGUGAACCUAUUUUACAAAACGUUUUUAAAUAAACUUCGUUUAAUAAUGAGUAUUUUUUUAUGAUGACGAAGUUUGUUUAGGUGCAGGCGAAUCGCACAUGAAAAAUGCGUAUUUUGAUGCUGACUAUGCUCGCAAUAAUUGCUUUAAACGUUGAACAAACCACCAGCGCUAACAUCUUGGCAUUGUUUCCAUACCCUUUGAAAAGUCAUUUCAUCAUGUUCGACGCUUUACUCGUAGAAUUAGCUAAACGAGGCCAUAACGUAACCGUAGUCAACACGUUUCCGAAGAAAGUACCAGUACAGAAUUACAGCGACGUUGACGUCAGCUCGUGCUUCGAACUGCCAUCGAUACGAUUCGAACUAGAGCGAGCUUUCUCCUAUCAUUCAUCCCUGCUGCGAGAUCUCUUCUCGUACGUCGAAGCCUACGAUGACAUACUGAAAUGCGAACCGAUGGCCAACCUGAUGAACACCAAUGACACUUACGAUCUCAUCAUCACCGAGAUCUUCUCCUCAGAUGCGAUGCUGGCGUACGUGCAUCAGUUCAAAAUACCCUUUAUAUCAUUUUGUUCGACGCCUUUGCUGACCUGGGCUUCGGACCGAGUCGGUAUACCGGAUAACCCAUCCUAUAUAUCGUUCAGCUAUAACGACAAACCACUCGAUACGAUGGGUUCGAGCUUCUUUCAAAGACUGUACAAUACUUACGCUUACGUACUAUCCAGACUAAAAUAUAAACUUUUAUCGGAAUUCAAAACCAAUAAAAUCGUCCGCAAGCAUUUCGGAGAAGACACGCCCGAUUUGGAAGAGAUCUCAAAAAACACUAGUUUAAUAUUUACCUUCAGCCAUUACAGUAUCAACUCGCCCAGGCCGAUGGUUCCCGGUGUCGUUGAAGUGGGUGGGAUACAGAUCAAAGAACCGUCUCCUUUGCCUCCGGACAUUCAAAAGUUCAUGGACGAGGCCGAGCACGGUGUGAUUUAUUUCUGCCUUGGCUCUCUACUGCAAGCAAAGACAAUGCCGGUUGAGAAACGUAACGCGUUCAUUUAUGCUUUCUCGAAGAUACCCCAAAGGGUGCUAUGGAAAUACGAAGAGGAUGACUUGCCUGGUAAACCUGAUAAUGUCAUGAUACGCAAAUGGAUGCCUCAAAGGGAUAUCUUGGCUCACCCAAAAGUGAAAUUAUUUAUCGCCCACGGGGGAGCCCUAGGUUUGAACGAAGCUGUCUACGAAGGAGUACCAAUCUUGGGCAUCCCUUUUUGGGUCGAUCAAACCCUAAACAUACAUUCAGUUCAAGAAUCUGGCGCUGGAGAAAUGUUGGAAUAUCCAGAUAUCACCCCGGAAGUAGUUUUAUUCAAAAUUAAUCAAGUCCUCAACGAUAACAAGUACAAAGACAACGCAAAGAAACUGUCAGCUAUUUACCGAGAUCGAGCAUUGUCAGCAAUGGACACCGCAGUUUACUGGACCGAAUACGUAAUCAGACAUAAAGGAGCCGCUCACCUGAAACCAGUCACAGUCCAAAUGCCUUGGUACCAAUACCUACUUCUGGAUAUCUUGGCAUUUUACGCAUUAGCUUACUUCAUGGUUAGAAGAUUAUACUACAAAUGUUCUCGUGCGAAGAAAACAAUGUACCAGAGCAGAUUACAAAGGAGAAGAAACAUGAUGAACGGCCACGCCACCCAAGUUCAUUAACAUUUACCCACAACAGUAGACUACCUAUUUAUAAAUUACCAUCAUCUGACUUACAUAAGUUAGGUACACCAAACACAUUUUGAUCAAAAGUAGUGAAUUUUUUUACAAUCACUCCGGACUAAUGGAUUACUCACAAGGAGUAUUUCUUUUUCGCAGCGUGGAUCACCGAGUUGUUCGUAAUACUCGCCGCUCCAGGUUGCGAAAACUACGCGCGUACAGGAAUACUCCAAUAAAAUUAGUCUCCGGCUAGAUUCUAAAAUCAUUCAUUAUAUUAUUUGAAACAGAAACGAGUAAAGAGAUUAUCGCACCGUAAUAGGUACAGUUCUAUUCUUUGCUCAAAUACUCUUAAUAUGUUUUGUGUACUGCGAGAAAAAAAAGGUAGGUAAUUGUUUCGAUUCGUGUCCAAUUUUAAAAUGUCUAGGUUCGACUUGGUCGAAAGCGUAGGUCAGAUUUCAUUGAUUCAUUUGCGACACCUUAUCAAAAACGUUUGAAAACUGAAAAAAUAAACAUGAAUUUCUAAUCUAGUGUUACAUUUUUUGCUAAAAUUUAGCGAUACCUACAAGGUUGGUUAAAAUGCAGACUUCUCAAGUUUGAGAACAAC